CCGGAAGUUGUUGGUACAUUGCUGCAAAAAAUGUCCUAGCUAAACCGAAUGAAUGGAAGCUGUUAUGCACUGAGGUGCCUUUGCUCACAUCUGUUCAAGAUGACAUGAACAUUUAAGCUCAUAAAUUAACCCUCUCGCUCCUGUCUUCCACGAAUUCCCGCCGCUGGGUACCAUGGCAACGAGGAUGAAGCUGAAGCUGAAGACUGUGUUUGUGCUCUACUUUAUGGUCUCCCUCCUGGGUCUUGUCUAUGCACUGAUGCAGCUUGGUCAACGCUGUGACUGCACAGAGCACGACCUGCCCAAAGACCGUACCAUAUCUCGACUGCGGGGGGAGCUGCACCGUCUUCAGGAGCAGAUAAGGAAGUCAGAGGCAACCAAACAACCCCAGAAACAGGCAGACAAGCCCUCUCUGCCCACCAUCUUUGUCAUCACCCCAACAUAUGCAAGGCUGGUGCAGAAGGCCGAGCUGACUCGCUUGUCCCAGACAUUCCUCCAUGUUCCCCAGCUCCACUGGAUUGUGGUGGAAGACUCGCCUCAUAAGACUCCACUAGUGACCGACCUCCUGGUGAAGAGUGGACUGACCUACACACACUUACACAUGCCCACUGCUAAGGACCGCAAACUCCAGGAGGGUGACCCCAGCUGGCUGAAACCUCGUGGAGUCGAGCAGAGGAAUGAAGGUCUACGGUGGCUCAGAGAGGACAGGAGGGCUCAGCCAGGUGGAGACAACCAGCAGGGAGUGGUUUACUUUGCUGACGAUGAUAACACAUACAGCCUGCAGAUAUUCGAAGAGAUGAGGAGUACCCAGCGGGUAUCAGUGUGGCCGGUGGGUCUGGUUGGAGGGAUGAAAUAUGAGAGGCCUGUGGUUGAAGGAGGAAAGGUGGUGCGUUUUCAUACCGGCUGGCGUCCCAGUCGCCCCUUCCCGAUGGACAUGGCCGGCUUCGCUGUGUCCCUCAAACUGGUUGUAGCCAAUCCAGAGGCUUGUUUCGAUGGAGAAGCACCAAUGGGCUUCCUAGAAAGCAGCUUCCUUCAGGGAUUAGUUACCAUGGACGAACUGGAGCCCAAAGCAGACAACUGCUCCAAAGUGUUGGUGUGGCACACACGGACAGAGAAACCGAAGAUGAAGAGAGAGGAGGCUCUGCAGGCUCAGGGACUGGGUUCAGACCCUGCUGUGGAGGUCUGAGGAACACACACACACACACACACACACACACACACACACACACACAAACAUAUUGUAAAGCAUAUUCUGCUGUUUAAUGCUGCAUAUGUAAUUCUGCAUUGUAAAUACUGUAAAACAGACAAAUAUCUGUUAAGAGGUGACGUUUAAAUUGAGCUGGUUAUGACUGUUUGUUUUGUUGUGUCAGGUAGUAAAUGUACAUGUGUGUAUAUAUUGAGUGAAUGUGUGUGUUAUUGUAACUGUGCUGGGUGUAUAUUUGUGAACGUAUCAGGGUUUUCUUUGGUUUUAGUGAGAUCGGCAUCUUUAUUUAGCAGUGUAGAGGAUGAGUACAAACAAUUGCCUGAUGGGGGCGCUAGUUUAAAAUUUGCAAAGCCAUGCUGCAGUUACACCACCCGAACAUUUCUGCUUAAAGCUGGAAGAACAAUCCGUCUGACGACAGACUUGCACAUUGUAUCAUUUCUGGGUUUUACAUGUUGUGCUCAAUGGAAAUCCUGCAUUCCUGGCAGCAGUUAGAUAUUUUUACGGCUGAGUUACAUCAGGUCUGGUUCUAUCUCCUGUCUGUGUUCCUUCUGUUGGUUGUACCCAGCUUUAUCAGUGCAGUUACCAACAUUUUGACUGAGAUACAGUUGCCAUGGAGUAUUAUUCAUGCAUGGCUUCUAUUUUUGUGGAAUUAGUGUCCAGUAAUACCGUAUUCAGUCACACAGAUGUUUUUUUAGUCACGUUUCAAAAAACUACAUCAUCAUCAGAGGCAUGAUCCUUCUCUUUAUUUAGAACUGUGGAGCAAAGAUAGUACUAAGGUGCAUUUGAACAAUAUUCACCAAAUAAACAGCAGCUAAAAAACAUGACAAACAGAGCAAAUCCUAGUGACUAAUUGUUGCCUUGUCUUUAUUACACUCCCAUACACCAGUGUUACAAACACAGCUAGUCCAACUUCGCAACACUAUGCUGCAACACAGACAUUACAAAUACAGAGAUGCAGUGGUUCCACACCCAGUGCAGCUUUAGUGUUACAGCUCAGCGCUCAAAUGCUGGUUUUCAAUAGCGUCAAAGGACAACAACAACUAGUUCUAACAGGCAUCUUUUUGUGUAUACUUUUAGUAAUGCUUUUUAGAAACAUAUAGUUUAAUAUAGUUUAGAAGCUCUGAAUAAGAGAACAACACUACUGAUGCUCAUAUUAAUUGUUAUGCAAUAACAGAAUGCAAAACACAUGUUACAUUUCCACACUUGAAUUUGCCUUUUAAUAGAUAAAAACUCCCUGGUAUUUUACAUUGGCAGUAUUUCAAAACUAUAUUUGAAAAAAAAAAAAAAAGCUUCAAGUAUAAGUUGAACUCAGUGUGUGCUGGAUUAUCUUUCACAACAGUCUCAGAAGUUGGAAGAAUGAAGAGCAAAGUAACAUUAAAGUUCAAACAAAGUGCUCCUCAGCUGCUGUUGUAUGAUACUGUAAAAACAGCUAGUGCCUGCUUACGUGUAAUUAGUGCCUGUAAGUCAGUUCUCUACUGGUGUAAAAUGUAUUUAUUACUGUAAUAUUCUUUACAUUGUAUAAUGUGUUCAUGUCUGUCCCUGCUCCUGAAAAUAAACCUAGUUAAUGUAAAGCA